UUUGAAUCAGAAUCUCAGUCAGCAAACAACGUCGAGUUUAAAUAUAAAAUAAACAAUCAUGCCAAUCGAAAUCAACACUCCCGAUAAAUUGGAAUACCAGUUCUUCCCGGCCAGCGGUGGUGUUUUCACCUUCAAGGUGCGCUCAGCGAAGGAUGCCCAUAUUGCGCUCACCUCAGCCCCACAGGGAACUCCACCCAUUUUUGAGAUCUUCCUGGGUGGAUGGGAUAAUAGCAAGUCCGUCAUCCGCAAGGAUGGCCAAAAGCCAGAUGUAGUUGAGGUGCCAACACCUGGCAUUCUGAAUGCCGGCGAGUUCCGUGGCUUCUGGGUGCGUUGGUAUGACAAUGUCAUCACCGUGGGCCGUGAGGGCGAUGCAGCUGCCUUCCUCUCCUACGAUGCUGGAUUCUUGUUCCCCGUUAACUUUGUGGGCAUCUGCACGGGCUGGGGUGCCGCUGGCACCUGGCUGCUAGAUGAUGCGCCACCCUCGGCGCCAGCGAUGGGCUUCUCAUCACCAACGAUGGGCUUCUCGUCGCCCACAUCUUGCAGUGGUCCCGGUUGCUGGGUGGCUGCCGCCAAUGGCGAGGUGCCACCAAAUGCCAUGCAGGGUGGCUUCGAUAGCAGCGAGCAGUUGUAUAUUGCCCGUGCUCGGCAUGAGGGUGAUCUCAUUCCCGGCAAGCUGCAUCCAUCGCACGGCGUCACCUACAUUGCCUGGGGUGGUGGUGAACAUGGUCACAAUGAAUACGAAGUCCUCUGCGCCGGUGGCGGUCACUGGGUUCCGGUAGAAGCUGGCAACAUUCCACCCACUGCUGUGCCCGCUGGUGAGACAUCCGAGGGCGAACCUUUGUUCAUUGGCCGUGCCACCCACGAUGGCACCGUGACAGUAGGCAAGGUUCAGCCAUCCCACGGCUGCGUCUAUAUCCCCUAUGGUGGCGAGGAGCUGGCCUACAAGGAGUUCGAGAUCUAUGUCGCCAACUAAGUACUGCAUCGGAGUUCCAGUCCCAAAUGUAUUUAAUAGUCAAAACUAUGCAUCGUAGAUGCCUUGAGACGCACGCACUGAAAUUAUUUGAAAUAUUAUGCAAAAUAACCGUUAAUUCAAAUGCUUGGCAUGUGAAUAUAUUUUAUAUAUAUUUAUAUUUUUUGUCAAAUUAAUUAUUUUCUUAUUGUUGAUGAUGAAUCUCGUAAUCGAAAAGCAGUUAAUACUGCAUUCUUUCUUUUAUUGUAACUUUGGCUUAAUUAAUCGGAAAUGUUAAUAAACUUUAAGUUUAAGGAGA